AUGCUCCUUGGAAGCGGUGAUGUGUUGAAGCCGUAUCUAGAUUCUCAACGAAACGCUCUAAUCAUUCAACUCGGCAACAUCGAAGAAAUGGACUCAGCUAGUGUAUUUGUAUCGGGGGUGGUUUUCUCUCCCCAAAGCCGUGCUCCCCAAAAGUCAUAUCUUGACUACAUUCGCACGACACUUCAGGGAUCGGCCCUCUAUAUACCCCUUUGCCAAGCACUUUCGGCUCUUCCCACAACAUGGCACGAUCUUGCCAUCCAGCAGCCCAAGAUCGAUUCUCUAAAGCAUGGCCUAACUAAUGCACGACAUUUUUCGACAUGGAUUGAAACAGGAGAGACCUCAGGGCUGGAAAGCAGCAUGUCAGGGAUUGUGACAUUACCUCUUCUGACAGUCAUCCAUACCGUACAAUAUGUCCAAUAUCUACGCCUCUCCAGUAUCCCACAUUCAGACUUUCUACAAAGCCUACGUAAAAGUGGCGUUCAAGGAUUCUGUGCCGGACUUAUAAUGGCCAUGGUUGUUGCGUCGUCCAAAGACGAAACGGAACUCAUUGAAAAUGCCGCCAGGGCCAUAAGAAUAUCCCUUGCCAUUGGGGCAUUCGGCGACUUUGGUGCUGAAUCAACCACGACGACUUCCACAACUAUGGUUGUGCGAUUGAGGACUGGCUCUGAGGUUGAACAAAUCACACGCGAGUUUCCAGAGUCUUACGUUUCUGCCAUAUCCGACCCCAAGACGAUAAGCCUCAUUGCUCCGGCGUCGCAAAUUACUGCCAUACAGGCAUAUAUCGAAAAAAUGGGGCUCUCAUUCAAAAUGGUUCACAUGCGAAGCAAUAUACACAAUCCAAAGAACACCAUUCUCGCAGAUGAGUUGCUGAAUUUGUGUCAGCACAACUCGAACUUUCAGCUACCUGAUAGCGACUCUUUACAAGUUCCCGUACGAUCUAAUCGGACUGGCCGGGUUCUCUCAAACUGUUCCCUCACAGCAGAAAUCAUCAACACCAUUCUAACAUCAAGCUGCAAUUGGGAUGUUGUCAUGAAUAACCUUGCACAAGAUCUUCGACAGACUGGGAAACAGUCACACCGAAUAGCCAUGAUUGGCCUUGGAGAUUGUAUCCCUCUUCCGCCGUUCCAUAAGAAUAUGCUCGAUAUCACUAAGCUGGAUGUAAUGAGCCUUACGCAUGAUCCAAAAAGACUGACCAAUGGGUCUGGUCUAUCAACGCCGGAUCUUUUCCCUUCUAGCUCAAUCGCCGUAGUAGGCGCCGCCUGUCGCUUACCGGGGGCAAAUACAUUAGAGGAGCUCUGGGAACUCAUCUCCCGAGGCGAGUCUCGGCUCGAAAGUCUACGCGAAGACCGAGUGAAACUUGAAGAGUCAUUUCGGGCAUCGCAAGAUAAAGAUUGGACAACAAAGCGAAAAUGGUUUGGGAAUUUCGUCGACGGUGCGGAUGAGUUUGAUCACGGCUUUUUUGGUAUAAGCCAAAAAGAAGCCGCAUAUAUGGAUCCUCAACAGCGACUCUUGUUAACAUGUGCUUACGAGGCACUGGAUGCUAGUGGAUAUCUUCAUGAUCAUCGACGAGAAAAUGGUGACCCGAUUGGUUGCUUUAUUGGCGCAAGUUAUACUGAGUAUAAUGAAAAUACCAAUGCAUACGCUCCCUCAGCAUUCGCCGCAACUGGAACCAUUCGUGCAUUUCUUUCCGGCAAGAUUAGCUAUCAUUUUGGCUGGACGGGUCCAUCCGAAGUUAUCGACACAGCCUGUUCAGCAUCAUUAGUUGCCGUUCAUCAUGCAUGCCGAGCUAUCCAGGCCGGUGAUUGUACCAUGGCUCUCGCUGGUGGAGUUAAUAUUAUUACCGGCAUCCACAACUAUAUUGAUCUGGGUAGAGCGGGUUUCCUCAGCAAAUCCGGCCAGUGCAAACCCUUUGACGAAACAGCAGACGGCUAUUGUCGAGCUGACGGUGUUGGCCUUGUUUUGCUUAAGCCGCUCAAGCAGGCAGUUGCCGAUGGAGAUAAUAUUCUUGGCGUCAUCCCUGCAACAGCUACAAACCAGGGCGGGUUGUCCAACGGCAUUACAGUGCCCCAUGGAGAAGCUCAAAAGGCUCUAUAUCGUCAGAUUGUCAAGGCCUCGGGCAUCGAACCAGAACAGGUUACAUAUGUAGAGUCUCACGGAACUGGAACUCAAGUGGGUGAUCCCAUCGAGGUUGCCAGCAUCCGCCAAGUUUUCGGGGGCCCUUCACGACAGUCUAUCCUGCACAUCGGCUCUCUCAAAGCCAAUGUUGGACAUAGUGAAACCGCUGCUGGAGUUGCCAGUCUGCUCAAGGUUCUUGCAAUGUUUGCUCAUAAAGGAAUCCCUCCACAGGCGGGGUUUAGAACCCUGAACCCCAAAAUCCCAGCACUUGCACCUGACAAUUUGAAGAUUGCAACCCAACUGGUUCCUUGGGAGGCAAAAACUCGCAUUGCUUGUGUGAAUAGUUAUGGAGCUUCAGGAAGCAAUGCUGCUCUUCUCUGUGCGGAAUGGGUCUCGAAGAGCGAGUUGCCGAGUCCGAACUCGUCAACUUACCCAAUAUUCUUAAGCGCGAACACUCAAGAUAGUCUAAAAACUUACGCCAAUCGAUUAGCCUCAUACAUUCAGGGUUCAGGGAAAGAACUAGACAUUAGCAGCGUGUCAUUUACUCUCAGUCAACGCCGGAAACAUCAUCGGGUUCGGUGGUCAACAACUGCACAGACACUCUCCGACCUGGCGCGGCAACUGAAAUCAGGGGUAGGGAAUGACAGUGUCGAAGUGCCUAAAACGAAAAAGUCUGUUGUCUUGGCAUUUUCAGGUCAAUCAAAGACGAAAAUAGGUCUUGAUGCAAGUCUAUGCAAUGCGUAUCCCAAGUUUCGAUCGCACUUGGAGAACUGCAACUCCAUCCUCCGCAAGUUGGGUUACUCAGACAUAAUGUCGUCCCUCUCUCAGCUAGAAGCCGUCACAGAUAUAGUCGCGCUGCAUACAGGCACAUUUGCGGUGCAAUAUGCUUGUGCCAUGUGUUGGCUAGAUGGCGGAUUACAGGUGGAUGCAGUCAUUGGCCACAGCCUUGGUGAAUUAACAGCAUUGGCCGUAUCUGGCGUCCUUUCUCUCGAAGAUGCACUGGGUCUAGUUGCAAGGCGGGCGGCUUUAAUAGAGAGCAACUGGGGCCCAGAGACGGGAACAAUGCUGGCGAUUUAUUCGGACUUGGACACUGUACAGCGCAUAAUUGCAAAGUCAGAAACGGGAACUAUCGAGGAUGGCCUCGAGAUCGCCUGCUACAAUAGCUCCAGCGCUCAUAUUGUCGUCGGAAAGCGAUCAUCUGUUACUAGGGUUGAAAAACUGAUCGACAGCGAUCCUCAAUUUCUCGGUACUCGAUACCAGCGUCUUGAUGUCAGUCAUGGCUUUCACUCAAGGUUGACGGAGCCAUUGCUCCCAGACCUGAUGGAGUAUGCAAAGACAUUGACAUUCAAUAAGCCUCGCAUUCCUCUUGAGACAUGCACAGAAAAUCCAGUUGACAGCAUAACGCCUAAUUACAUUACAAAACACUCGCGGCACGCCGUCUAUUUUACUCAUGCAGCACAGCGCCUAGAGAACCGGUUUGGGCCUUGCGUCUGGCUGGAAGCAGGAUGGCAUACACCCAUCAUCUCCAUGACAAAGAAGGCACUUGCAAAGCCCGAGACGCAUAGCUUCCAGUCGUUAAGUGGUUCGUCUGUGGCGAUCACCAAUGUUUCGGCGAGUCUUUGGAAACAAGGGUUUUCGACGUCCUGGUGGGGAUUCCUGUCUCCAGAAAAAUCGAAACUCGAUCAUAUUUGGCUACCACCAUUAACGUUUCAAGGUGUUCGCCAUUGGUUAAAUCAUGUCGAUCGGGCAAUCGAAGUUCAACGGUUACAGACUUCCACUCAGGUUUCCGACAGCAAGAGUUCAUAUCAGCUGAUCCAAUUGGUCAACUUCCUCAGCACUACAGGAAGAGACCAUGAGUUUGGACUCUACACACAAAGUGAAAAAUACAAAAACAUGGUCACAGGCCACGCUGUUCGUCAGCGGCCUCUGUGUCCGGCAUCGAUGUACAUGGAAGCUGCCGUCAUGUGUGCCCAACAAAGAGGGUUUGAUUUUGACGAACAGGCAAUCCGGUUUCGCAAAAUUGGUUUCCACAGUGGUUUAGGAUGCGAUGAUAAGAUUGAUGUGCGGGUAACAUUGGCGGAGCCCUCAGGUGCUACAUCUUGGCGGUUUUUAGUCCAGAGUUUCAGGAAAGGAGACGCAAACGCGAAAAAGACGAAGCACGCAGAUGGAGAGUUUGAAGCUUCACCAAAGAUGCCGGAUUUUCGAAUCUAUGAAGCGUUAAUCCUGGAACGGAUGGAUGGCUUGCUCAAAGAUCGCAAGGCAGAGCAUCUCAUGAAAAGAACUGCGUACACCUUGUUCUCAAGGGUAGUCGAAUAUGCCGAGCUACUGAGGGGCAUUACGUCCAUUACGCUGUCUUCCGGCCAAGCUGUAGCUGAAAUCGAGGUUCCUGAAGAGAUAUUCAACAGUCAUGAGAGCACAGUCGACCGCUUUAUGGACGCGAUAUCGCUGGAUACGUUUAUUCAGGUUCUCGGCUUACUGAUCAACACGAGUGGAAAGACUAUUGGUGACGAAAUCUUUGUUGCAACUAGCAUCGAAAACAUGACAAUUCUUCCUUGUGAUUUCAAGAGCCAACGACGCUGGAGUGUCUAUGCCAUGUUUGGUAUGGAUGGAGAUAGACGGGCGGUUGGAGACGUCUUUGUCUUUUCAGGAGAUGGAAAGCUUGCCGUUUUUGGAUCUGGAAUCUCCUUCACAAAGAUCCAAGCUAGCAUACUGGAAGGACUUCUCGACGGCAGCAGUCCGCGAUUGAACGCAACCAAAGCUCGCACACCCGAGCACAUAGUUGUGCCUAAUGGAGUUUCCGUCAUCGCAAAGGAUGAGCUAGCCAAGGCGCAAACGUCGAAUCAGCAAGUUCAGUCGUCUCUAAAGGAACCUCAAGGCCUAGGGCAUAGUUUUGAGGAUGUCAAGGUUUUAAUAGCCAGUUACAUUGGACUGUCGGCGUCUGAUAUUCGCGAAGAUGAAAGCUUCGGUAGCUUGGGCCUAGACUCUCUGUCAGCCGUAGAACUAGCCGAUGAGUUGAGGGUCAAGUUUAAUAUUGAGGUUUCUGCGAGCGAUAUCCUAACAAUUCAGGUCACUGAACUGCGGAAACAUUUUCCAUCGAAUGAGGAAGAGUCAAGCGCGAAGACAAACUCACACAGCAUGACGGCAGAUGAACUAUCAAAGCCCACAAACGAAAAAGUCUUGACAAAUGGCCUUCCUAGUGGGCACGCCAAUGAAUCCAUUAACGGACAUGUUAAUGGAUAUGCCAACGGGAACUCUAAUGGUAAUACAACCGGUAUCACAAAUGGACAUCUAGACAGCCAGUUGAAACCUCGACAGUACACCCGGCACCGAGUAGAAACCGUAAUGUAUAAGGAGAUCGACGGCAUUCAAAUUCCCGCGGACAUCUUCAUACCAUUGGAACCACCCUCAGAGAUUAUGCCUAUAGCAUUAAUGAUUCACGGUGGUGGCCACUUGACGCUUUCGAGAAAAGCCGUACGACCCCCACAGACGUCAUUCUUGCUGGCAAAUGGGAUCCUGCCCAUAAGUCUGGAUUACAGGCUGUGUCCCCAGGUUAAUGUAAUUGAUGGUGCGAUGACAGAUGUUCGGGAUGCGUACGCAUGGGCAAGAAAAGACGUUCCCGAAUUGAUGCAGGAGAAAGGCAUCAAAGUCGAUCCUUCAAGGAUUGUCAUUAUUGGCUGGUCUACUGGAGGCCAUUUAGCAAUGACCACUGCUUGGACAACACCGGCAGCUGGACUGCCUCCUCCAUUGGCUAUCUUGGCAUUCUAUUGCCCAACACACUACGAUCCAUCAGACGAGUCGUUGAGAAUGGGCAAAGAAUAUCAGCCCCGUACAAUGCCUAUGAACGAGAUUCGAGAGUCUCUAGGACCACAGACGGUUACAAGUCAUGCUUUCAGCAGCACUGAUACCUCUGGCUUGGGUUGGGUUAAGCCUGGAGAUCCCCGUUCCGAGCUUGUCCUAGCUCUUGUCAAAGAAAAGAACGGUAUGGCUCUAUUGUUGGAUGGAAUUCCAGCUGAUGGCGACACUUUGAAAGCUCCUGAGCCAGAGCGCGUUGCUGCCAUUAGCCCUUUGGCUCAGGUACAAAAGGGCAACUAUCGUACGCCAACAUUUGUCAUCAUUGGCGAUGAAGAUGAAAUCGUUCCAUUCCACACCUCAGUGAACUUUGUGAACGCUCUCAACAAACAGGGCGUCAAGAAUGGAUUCAUUCCAGUUCCGGGACAAAGACACAUUUACGAUCUGGCACUAACUCCUGGAAUGGCGAAAUGGGAAGAUUGGGUCGCUCCAGGAUACAGGUUUUUGUUUGACAUACUUGGUAUCAGCUCUACAUGA